GCUCAGCCCUGCUCGCCCGCGCCGGGUUUCCUGUUUAAGAUGGCGUCCCCCGUGGCAGCUCAGGCCGGGACACUUCUGCGACGCCUAGCGCUGCGGCCCCGGCUCCUGGCCCCCAGGUCCCAGGGAGUUCAGCUCACCUCCAGAAGAUGGCUCAACCUGCAGGAGUAUCAGAGCAAGAAGCUGAUGUCUGACAAUGGGGUGAGAGUGCAGCGAUUCUUUGUGGCGAACACUGCCAGUGAAGCUCUGGAGGCUGCAAAGAGGCUAAAUGCAAAAGAAAUUGUUUUAAAAGCCCAGAUCCUAGCUGGAGGAAGAGGAAAAGGUGUCUUCAAUAGUGGUUUGAAAGGCGGCGUGCAUUUAACCAAAGACCCUAAAGUUGUGGGACAGCUGGCUAAACAGAUGAUUGGCUAUAAUCUAGCAACAAAACAAACUCCGAAAGAAGGUGUGAAAGUUAACAAGGUGAUGGUUGCCGAAGCCUUGGACAUUUCCAGAGAAACCUACCUGGCGAUUCUGAUGGACAGGUCGUGCAAUGGCCCUGUGCUGGUGGGCAGCCCACAGGGGGGUGUUGACAUUGAAGAGGUGGCAGCUUCGAAUCCAGAACUUAUUUUUAAGGAGCAAAUUGACAUUUUUGAAGGGAUAAAGGACAGCCAGGCUCAGCGGAUGGCAGAAAACCUAGGCUUCCUUGGGCCUUUGAAAAACCAGGCUGCAGAUCAAAUUAAGAAGCUGUAUAAUCUCUUCCUGAAAAUUGAUGCUACUCAGGUGGAAGUGAAUCCCUUCGGUGAAACUCCAGAAGGACAAGUUGUCUGUUUCGAUGCCAAGAUAAACUUUGACGACAACGCGGAAUUCCGACAGAAGGACAUCUUUGCUAUGGAUGACAAAUCAGAAAAUGAGCCCAUUGAAAAUGAAGCUGCCAGAUAUGAUCUAAAAUACAUCGGACUGGACGGGAACAUUGCCUGCUUUGUCAAUGGUGCGGGGCUCGCCAUGGCCACUUGUGACAUCAUUUUCCUUAAUGGUGGGAAGCCAGCCAACUUUCUGGACCUUGGUGGUGGCGUUAAGGAAGCCCAAGUAUAUCAGGCCUUCAAGUUGCUUACCUCUGAUCCUAAGGUUGAAGCCAUCCUUGUCAAUAUUUUUGGUGGUAUUGUCAACUGUGCCAUCAUUGCCAAUGGGAUCACCAAAGCCUGUCGGGAGUUGGAGCUCAAGGUGCCCCUGGUGGUCCGCCUGGAAGGAACCAACGUCCAAGAGGCUCAGAGAAUUCUCAACAACAGCGGGCUGCCCAUCACUUCGGCCGUUGACCUGGAGGAUGCAGCCAAGAAGGCUGUGGCCAGCGUGGCCAAGAAGUGAUGCCUGUGUCCUGGGCCCAGGGAAGAAGGCCGUUUUUGCAUCAAAAGGGAUGGUUCUGUCAUCACUGUGAAGGAAAUGGUUAUCUUUUGCAGGGAAAAUAGGGGGUAGAGGAAAUGAAAAAGAAUCAGUGUAUAAAUCUGUGUUUUCUUGAAUAAGAUAUUUAGGUAGCCUGAAACUGAUUUUACUUAUACUGUGCAUAAGAAUCCUGUCCUGUGUGCUCAUACUUCUUUAUCACAGCAAGUCUGCUCAGUGGGCAGUGUCUUGCCAACUUUGGGGUUAAGCUGCGUGGCCAAAUAACGUGCAUAUACACAGAAUGUGAAAAUCCAGUAAUGUGCAUAUACACAGAAUGUGAGAAUCAGACCCUGGAUAUUGAGAAGAUUUUUGGUAGACAUUUAAUCCUAUAUGAUAAUUUUAAAAAAGAAAACACAGUUGCUAAAAAACUCAGAUGAGAUUACAUCUUACGUACUGGCUAUCAGAAGGGUGCAGCUGAGACAUUCAAGCAAAUUCCUGGUCCACUGUGCAGCAGGUUUUAUGAGUUUCUGAUUCCAACGCAUGUCUGAGAAAUCAGAAAUUUUCCAAAAUGUAUUUUACAAUGAAGGGUCUGCUUUAAUACACUGUGCGUGCAUGUUGCCAUUUGCCUUAAUACUGAAUAAACUGUUUACUUCACGCUAAGAGGAAAGCCAGAAGCCUUAUUUGUGAUUUUGGCAUAGAAGUUUUCAUUCUAAUGUCACAUUUGAAGAAUGUGGAUUCUUACGGAAAUAUCUAUGAUUAUAAUUUUGAGAUGAGACAACACUGAAGAUAAUUGUGUUCAAUGUGGGGUCUUCUCUCCUUUCCUGCACACCAUCCCCAGCUUCCCCGCUCCCAAAAUCUACCAGCUAUGGUAGAAAGAUGGAAACAUAAUCAAGGGGAAUGUGGGUUUUUUUUUUUUUUUCUCAUGAUGCCUCAUUUUUACAGUGGGUAAAAAUUUGAAAUACAUAUUUGUUUAAAUUUUGGCAAAUUUUUUAUUUGUACACAAAUUUAAAUAAAAUCUUAUGUUUUGUAAAGUUCAA